CUGCUUCCGGUACAGGGGAUGUGCGAUGUGGUUGUGUGUGCGUGUGAGUGACUGCUCGCAAAAUUAGCUGGCUGCAGCCUUUCAGGGAUUUCUUUCACGGAGCACCGGAACCCCCAGUGCAAUUAAAAUGGCCGCAGAGCUCUCCACAACCAUCAACAUCAAGGAGCCCCGCUGGGACCAGAGCACAUUUGUGGGCCGUGCCAAGCAUUUCUUCACUGUCACCGACCCGCGGAACGUCCUCCUCACCAACGAACAGCUAGAACGCGCCCACAAAAUCAUCACCGACUACAGAAAAGGAAUCGUCUCCCCGGGGCUGACAGAAGACGAACUGUGGCGAGCCAAAUAUGUCUUUGACUCCGCUUUCCAUCCGGAUACCGGAGAGAAGAUGAUCCUGAUUGGCCGCAUGUCAGCGCAGGUUCCGAUGAAUAUGACCAUCACUGGAUGCAUGAUGACAUUUUACAAGACCACUCCAGCUGUGUUGUUCUGGCAGUGGAUCAAUCAGUCUUUCAACGCAAUCGUGAACUACACCAACAGAAGCGGCGACGCUCCUAUCACGGUCAAUCAGCUUGGCACGGCGUAUGUUUCGGCCACCACGGGGGCAGUAGCUACCGCGCUAGGACUAAAUGCACUAACAAAGCACGUCUCACCUCUGAUCGGACGCUUUGUUCCGUUCGCUGCUGUAGCCGCUGCAAAUUGCAUCAACAUCCCAUUGAUGAGGCAAAGAGAACUGAAACACGGUAUUCCCAUAACAGAUGAGAACGACAACAGGAUAGGAGAAUCCUCCAAAGCGGCACAGCAGGCCAUCUCUCAGGUUGUGGUCUCAAGGAUCCUCAUGGCUUCUCCAGGAAUGGCCAUCCCACCCUUUUUAAUGAACCAUUUGGAGAAAAAGGCCUUUCUGAGGAGGUUCCCAUGGAUGAGUGCACCAAUUCAAGUCAGUUUGGUGGGAUUCUGCCUGGUGUUCGCAACGCCACUGUGCUGUGCAUUGUUCCCCCAGAAGAGCUCGAUUUCAGUUAGUCGCCUGGAGCCCGAGCUGCAAGAGAAGAUCCGGGUCAGCCACCCGGGCCUUGAGCGAGUCUACUUCAACAAGGGGCUAUGAAAGCCCCGCCAAACGCCACUAUGACCAGGUCACAUUCAGUGUGCCAAAGUUACGUUUGCCUCUGCUCAUUUCACAUGCAGUCUUUUCUUGGUUCUUUCAACAAUAGAGUGAAUUUUAUUUUCUAUUUUAAAUUGGCAUUUUUUGUGUCUGUGCGGUAUAUAUAUUUUUUAAGUUGUUUAACUUAAUUAUUCGCAAAUCUUUGACGUUGUGCCAAAUCUAAAUGACAUCCAAAUGACCUCACCCAGCUGUUUCAUAACAUUGCUACCCCCCAAUCGCUUUAUUUUUGCCAGAUGAGUGACCAUUGAAAAAGGCUUCUUUAUCUUCAGUCAGCCAUGCUUUUAAAAUGGCGGCCACCAGUAAUGGACCGACAUGGUGCUAUUUCAAUACCCUCACAUUUAACUUAUUCAGCUUGACAAAUAAGCACAAGCAAUCACUCCUCAUGACUUUCAGUAAAGUUUUUAUUCUGUUCAGCUUACCGUAUUUUCCUCAUAUUGUGGCUGGGGAGCGAUUUUUCCUGUAGCAAGCACACAUGCUGUUAGCAUAAAUAUCAUGUGGCUAUAUUUCAAGUAUUAGAACUAACAUCUUUGUGCUAAAAAACUCAUUCCCGUUAUUCAAAUGAGGAAUGUCAGUUAAAUGAUAUAUAGUAUAUAUAUAUAAUUGAGGAAAUUUGGUAGUAAAUAUUCACUUAAAAUAUGUCAAGCUAAUUUCACCUUUAAUCCUGUGACGUCAACGGUGAAAUACAACUACUCACUUUUAUAAGAGUACUGUAGGUUUACUUUACCUUUUGUUGUAAUUUGGAGUCUUUUGUAGUUUUGAGUAAUUGGCAAAGGAAAAAGAAGGCAGAGAAGGCACUCUCGGUUCAAGCCGUACUUAAUUGUUUUAUAUUUACGACCUAGAAGUGUUUUUCUACAAAUAUUUGCAGUAUUACAGUAUUUCUGACUCAACGACUGCGCUAGUGUCAAUUAAUGUCAGCCUACAGGGUGUCUCGAUUUGCAUUAAAAUUCAGAUUACAUCACCGUCAUGAACACACUUGAGAUGGUUUUGGUAUCAGACACUGCUCUGACAUGUCCUCAUUAUGUCAUUUACUUGUAAAAACCUCUAUCAGUGUCAUAUCAAGAUUCAGACUGAGAGUAGAAUAUUAGAAAAGGUACGCACCACUGCGCUGGUCACUUUUAGUCAUCCAACACACGAAGAUUCUGAUACUGGCCAGAGAACGAUGUUUCUUUGGCCACUUCUAGAAAUCGGGGAUGACAAAAAUAAAUAAACAACACACAGGCACAAAAAUCAUAAGCGAAGAUGAUGAUUGAAAUUCUCUAUGUAGAAUUCAAGGGUUGUAACGAUUUAAUUGAACAAAUGUUUACAUAAAAUGUUUGUGAACUUUGAUUCCAUCGCUCAUCAUCAUGGUGUGAUCACUGUAAAGAUGUUUGAUAGUCUCUAAAUCUACUGUUGUUGUAUUGUAUGAGUAACUUGAUUUAUAUGUAUAUAAGUGUUUCCAGAUAUCUGUACAUGUUUCCAGCUGGUAUGAAGUGACUUAUGUUCUUGUCAUCUUCAAGGUGAACUGAAUGUAAUGUUUUCUUGCUACAGAUACAUAUUGGUCCACAAAAGCACAAUGUUGGAAUGCUGAGAUGAAAUGCUGCACUUUUUUUGUUGCAAUUUUGUCAACCCUUUGACCACAGUUUUGUUUAGUUCAUCAGUGACCAGCUGAGAGAGUAGCACAAAAAUCAAAUUUUUAUGUUUACUGUCAAUUCUUGUAUUGAUUUUCUUAACAUUCAAUAAGAGCUCAUACCUCUUUAUGGCUGUACAUCUCAAAUUACUACAUGAGCUAAUGGUAACUGUCAACUGGAAAUACAACCGAAGUGAUCGUGCGUUGGAAUGAGUUAAAAGAUGUAUGUAUUUCUAAAAAAUGAAUAGCGUUUGGUUGUGCAUUUCACUAACUUAAUGUGAUCUUUAUGUGGAAUAAUAAAGAGCGCCACUUUAAGGCACUUGACAGAAGACAGCA